ACCGGGAUAUCAAGAAUACCCAUUGACGUGCCCAGAAUAAGGAAGGAAGGACCGAAAAAACGGACUGAAGAGCUGCCCAGCAUUUCUCGCGACUCGCGAGAUGGUCGCGACUCGCGAGAAAGUCACGACUCGCGAGUCCAACAGAGUCGAAAUGACGAUUUUUGCGAGACGAGUCGCGACUCGCGAGUCUAUGUCGCGACUCGCGAGAUGCUGUCGCGACUCGCGAGUUCG